UCACAUUGGUAUACAAAGCGGCCGGCGUUUCAGUUCCGAGCAACCGACACCAGCGCGCGCGCGGUAGAGCUAGGCAGGCAUCCGCCCAUGGGUCUCCCCCUCGAGCAGUGGCGCGGCGGCGAGGCGGACGCGAAGGAGGCGCCGCCGUCGGCCUCGGCGCCGGCCGGGUGCAGGACGCCCGCCGGCGCCCAGGCGGGCGGGGACUGCCCGCCCGCGCCCAGGAAGAGGAGGGCCCCCGAGGGGGUCGUCGCGCAGCAGCGCCGCAGGGACUUCUACGCCGGCGCCGACGUCGAGGCUUUCUUUGCCGCCCACAACCUCUAGAUCGAUCGGAACCCCGAUCGACGACGACGUGCCAUGCCACGCACCACUGGAAACAAACCAUGGCACGGCCGCUGUUAGAGUUGCUAGUUUAGCUGGGCGCGCGUAGCGUUCCCUAUGAGCGUACGGAGCGUGUACCCCUGAUGAGACUGUACAUUAUUACCUAGUGUCUACUAGUAGUGUC